UCGAAUACGUGGUGUACUAUGUUGGAAUUCGUCGUUGGUCUACGAUCUAUAGUUUUGCUCCCGUCCAAUGAUGCUCAAUCUGCCUACUAUUUGCCAGUUAAAUGUUCAGUGCGAUCCUUCUGCUAAUGUCAAGAUCCGCGCCGUGAAAUAGUCGCCAUCUUUGCGACUGAGUCGCAUCCCUGAAUUUGGCCCGUUGCAUGUUCCGCGCAGCUUUAUGUAGCGUUAGAGAAAAAAGAUCAUUGAAAGUUGGUGUCAAAAGGGCAAAGCGGUUUCAACGAGACCGGAUAUCGUUCGAGCUGUGCCGAGAAGUGUUAACCCGGCGCGAAAGUGGGCGGAACGCAUGGGUCUUACGUCCUUUUGGCCUCGCUACAGUUCAUGAUAGGGAAAAUUUCGGCAUUUAAUAAGUGACAUACAUCGAAUCUGUGUUGACUAUUCCAUGCAAUAAUAAUAAUAUUAAUUCGUAUAAUUCGUUGGUUGAGCGUUUACCGGCAUAUGCCAUUCUAGUGUGUGUUUGUUCGAACAUAGUUUGGUGUAAGAAAAAAAUGAGUUGUCAACGUAACGCUGGCAAGAUUACAGUGCCGGACGAGUUGCGGGACGUCCUAUUAGAGUUUACGAUCAGCUAUCUCUUGGAGCAACCAGUGGAUAUUAUCGACUAUGCUGUAGGUUUUUUCACGCAACUUCGGGAAAGUCGUCAAACUCAGUUGAUUGAAGCCCCUGCGCAGACCGCCUCUUCUACGCCGGACGAGUCUGUCGAGGAAGAACCACCAAUCGGAAGGUUCCAGAAUAGGAGGAAGAGUGUCUUCGCGGAAGCCUACAACCCUGAAGAUGACGAGGAAGACGAUGGAAUUAAGAUGGUGCAUCCGAAGAGCGACGAGCAGCGGCAGAGGCUCGGUGACAGCGUGAAACAUAUUCUCCUGUUUCGGGCUCUAGACGAGGAACAAAUGGCUGACGUAUUGGACGCGAUGUUUGAGAAGAGCGUGCAGCCUGGAGAAUUUAUUAUCCGACAAGGUGACGAUGGUGACAACUUCUACGUCAUCGAGAGAGGAAAGUUCGAAGUGUACGUGAAAGAUCAGCAGUCGGGGGUGGAAUCCAUGAUACAUACGUACGAUAAUCGUGGUGCUUUUGGUGAGCUGGCGCUCCUUUACAACAUGCCGAGGGCGGCCAGUAUCAAGGCCAUCACGCCUGGUACACUAUGGGCCAUGGAUAGACAAACUUUCCGGCGUAUUUUAUUGAAAUCCGCCUACAAAAAGCGCAAGAUGUACGAAGACCUUAUCAACAAGGUCCCGAUGCUUAAACAUCUUGAGCCAUAUGAGCGUAUGAACCUGGCGGAUGCUCUAGUACCAAAACAGUAUUCAGAUGGCGAGCAGAUCAUCAAACAGGGCGACACAGCUGAUGGAAUGUAUUUUGUCGAGGACGGCGUCGUCAGGAUCACCAUAAUAGGAGAUCACGGCCGCGAAAUCGAGAUUAAUAGAGUUCCCGCUGGUGGGUACUUAGGCGAGUUGGCGCUGGUAACACAUAAACCUCGCGCUGCUUCGGCCUACGCUGUGGGCGACGUAAAGCUAGCCUUUUUGGACGUUGAAGCUUUCGAACGCUUACUUGGGCCUUGCAUGGAACUUAUGAAGCGUAAUAUCGACGAUUACGAAGAUCAACUAGUCAAAAUAUUUGGCAGCAAAGCUAACAUUUCCGAUAUUCGAUGAACUGUUCGCGAGCAGUGAUACGUUGCACUGCUGUACUAAAGGCCCGACACUUUCGUACAGUAAUGUAAAAUGAGCACAAACUUGUACCACCCACUUUAUGAAUCUCAUCCGCGUAUUUUCAAGUAUCAUCUCGAGUCGACUUUCGUAAUGACUGUUCACUUAGACGUAUACCAGUAAGAAACGUCGUUAAUAGUUACCAAGUUUGUACCUAUGACACACAGUGAAGAGAUAACAAAAAUGCAAAGAAAAACAAAAGGAAAGGAAACUAGGGAUUUCGACUGGUUCGUAUCUGCAUCAUACUACUGAAGUAAAUUUUCUAAGACUGCAUCAGAUCAAGAAGUAUUAGCCUAUCUUGUCAUGUGCUCGAAAUGUUUACAAGAUAGAAGUCUGGAUACUAAAUAAGAUUUUCAUUGAAUUGUCUGCAAAAAGAAAGAAAGAGAAGCGAAGAAAUGCUCGGAGUGAUGCAACGUAUCGACAGACUCACAGAGUUCUUAAAUGAUGUACCUUUAUGUCAUUCUUUAUUCUUGUACUUGACAAUUUAAGAGCUGUAUUCCAUUUUACUGAAAAUGUCAAGAAUCAAUGAAUUAAAUUAUUUCGUAUAUUUCGAUGAUUCAUCGAAGGAGAUGAAGAUACUUUUAGGGUAUCAUACAUUAUACCUUCACAACGUAGAAGAAUUCUUAUUGAUACAGCUUAUUGUGGAAAUACUAGCUUAAUUAUCAAAUUAAUAGACAAUGAUAUAGACAUGCGUGAUAAACAUCCUAAUCGUCAGUGUGUUUUUAACACGAUGGUGAUGAUAAAUCAUAGCUGAAACGCUAUGUUAGAAGAAAUAAAAAUGUAAGAAGGCAAAGAGCAUAACAAGCAAGUUAGAACAAUUACUAGUACCUAUACGAUUUUUAAACGCAAUCCAACAACUAUCUGAUAUAAGAACACGUGGCAUUUAUGUUCAUCUUUAGAAAAGGCAGGGCUGGGAAUGUAAGAGAAAUAUCAUUUUAAUAUUUAGACAUUUCAUCUAACAAUACCUGAAUAGAAACUAUUUCUCUCUUUCUUCCCUAUAUAUUUAAUAGAACGAUUUUCCUAAUUCUCAUGUUCCUAAUUUUAUGGUUUGCUCUUUGCAUUAAUAAAAAAGUAUUGCAAGAUAAACAUAUAUUCGCAUAGCGCACAAUAAAACAUCGUUUAUUUGAUUGUUUACAUACAUAUACGCGCACAGCAGAUAGCGUUUGAUCUUUGUUGUUCUAUCUGCAUAUAUUUAUACUUGUUAUUGCUUACGAUCGUUUGUUACAAAUUGAAAUAGAACACUUGCUGUAGCGCACAUAAUCAGUAUAUUGUACGAGAAACGAUACAUUUUUCGAUCAAUAAUAUAGUCAAUUGCAUUGAUACAACAUCCAUGGUUACAUCAUUUCACGAGUUAGUUAUUUUCAGAAAUUCACGCCACGUUUUGACAUGAGAGAACAUUAAAGGAAUAGCUAUUUUUUAUUGCAGGCUCGAAUGCACAGCCAUUAUUUUUCAGGAGAUUAUUUAAUUACAUUAUUAAGUGUUUAGAUUUCCAAAAAUCAACGUUCAAUUAUUCUUCAGUUUUAAAUAUUUUAUGGUGUUACUGUGGAAAAGAUGGCUGAACAGUGUGGUCUCAAAUCAUGUUCAUGUGUGUCUUAUCGGUGAAUCCUGGUAACAAAAAUCGACCAAAAGAAACCUAUAAACCUAUUUUUGUUACACGUGUAUGAUACACGUUAUACAUGUAUGAUAUACGUCUAGCAUCGUGAUAAAAGAAAAAAAAAGGAAAAAAAAAGAACAGUUUGAACUAAUUUGAACAAGUUUGAAGUUGUGCGAACAAGUGCGUAUGCUAGUCACUUUUUAACGGCCGUCUACUCGUUGUAUUUUCUCCUCGGCGAAUCGAGAGAAAAGAAAACGGUCAAACGUUUUAUUAUUACGAAACAAGAACAACUAUAUAUUCACUGUAUGACUGAAACUCAGAAGCGACAAGCUUUUUAAAUAAUAUCACAAUCACGGAGGAGAAAGGAGGAGGAGACUAGUAAUGUGAGAACGAAAGAAAAAUAAUGUAGCAAUAGAAAUUGCUAGCGAAAUGUUGUGUUAUUAAUUUUUAUUUUCGAAUUUUUCUAUUCUCGUUAAGUUUGCUCGUUUUUAUCGAAUCUCUAAGUUUUUACAAAAUGAACGACGAAAUAGAAGAAGAAGAAGCACUGUACUGGUCUGAAUUCCCGUUAUCCGUGCCAUUGUAUUCAGUUGCUUUCGAGAAUUCAGCAGCGAAGCUUUAGCCGUGGUUCUUAGUCUUCCACCGUGUCUCCAGGCUGUGAUAUUAUUUUCGACGGAGUAUUUCAGACAGAUGCCUCUUAUUACUACUGCUUCCAACAAGAAAAGAAAAAGGAAAAAAAUUACAAAAAAAAUUUAAAAGAAAUAAAGAAAGAAUAGGAAUCUAAAAUCUAUCAGAAUCGAGGAAUUUCCGAACUAUAUCGAAUCCAACUUUAUUGACUGUUGGUUGCAUCGUUAAAAUGAGUGAAUCAAAAGUUCCAAUCGAUGCGAGUCGUGACUCAAUCGUUCAUGUCGAAACAAAGGAAAAUCGGGCAAUUAAAAACGAGAAAAGAAGAGAUAUAUACAUACAUACACGACACAUAGGUAUAUAAAUAUAAAUAUAAAUAGAUAAAUAGGUGUAUGUAUAUUUAUAUAUAUUUAUAUUUAUAUAUGUAUAUUUAAUAUAGUGGAAGACUAUUCUCGCACACCGAAUUGAAAAGUAUAUUUAGACGGAGUACUUAUCUGUGCGGAGCCAACAUUCGGAUAAAUUAAAUGUAAACGCUUAAGUAGAGUCGACCCAAUUUAAAUUUACUGUAUGUAUCUAACAAGUGUGGUCUCUCUCUCUCCUACGUGUUGCGUGUUGCCCUUUCGUGUGUGUGACGACCGAGCCAGUAAAUUUUUAUUCCUUGAUUAGCAUGAACUGUUAUCGUCAGUUUUUUUCGUCUGUGCGGUUAUAUGUUUCGUGUCAUCGUUACUGAAAGUAAUUGCGUCGUAUAAAAAGAGAAAAAAAAAAACAUAACUAACAACCCGUAAUUAAGUGCGCUGCGAAUGAAUCUCACUUGUAAUUCUAAUACACGUUACUUCAUUGUGCCACACAGGGUUCCUUUCCUCGAUUGCUUCCGGAACAGAGAAACAUUCGAUCGUGCGUGAAUUUGAAGCGUGCCAGGUUGCUUCAAAUCGGCACGAUCUCGUUCGUUCAUCGCCAGUCUAGUCCAAAGCGUUUAAAAGAGAAUAUUCCUUGACUAAUUGAGCGUACCAACCUAGGCAAUGGAUUAUUCUACUGAUCGCAUACCUUCGAAGCGUUGACAAUACUGUUCUCAUAAAAAUACGAAGUGCACCAUCAAUGAUAUUACAACGGUUUGGCAAUAGUAUAAUCUAUCUGAUUUACAAAACAGAGAAUCGCUUGGUCUUUGUCGCAAUUAGUUAUUUAAUCAUGAUGAAAUGUCAACGCGUUAAGCGUAUGUAUCAGCAUAAUUCUGUUUCCCGUGUACGACUUCCGUUUUUCGUGCAUACUACUAUCGACGGCCGUUCUAGAAAAGCUCAUACUGUUACGCAUUGGCAUGCGUGACGCUUGCCUAAGGGUAACAGUCUCUUAGCAUCGGACCAAAUAUCUUUAAACAAGAGGAAAAGAAACCGGAGCAAUGGAGCUUGUGCGACUAUUUUCUUCGCGCUUUCCUCUCUAUUUCUGUCUCUCGUUAUUUCUAAUUGUGUGGUAUCUAAGGGAAAAGAUAGUGCGCUGAGCUAUAAAUAGGCUAUUGUAAAUGUAUUUAAAGUACACGACCGUAUGUCUAAAGUAAUAACUAAAAAAAAUCGUAAGGAUAUUCGUCGUCUCACUGUCCCCAUGUGUAAAGUAGCCAUCGAUAAAAAAAUCUUGCCCCCGAUGCUACUCCCAUUACUAAGCGAUACUUGUUCUAACAACUUGCAGCAACUUUGUAUGAAGAUGUGUAUAUGUAGCUUAACGUUAUGUUAGAGAAAGCACCGGAAGGGGCAAAAGUGCCGAGGGUUAAUGAAAUCAUCCUCUUCGUACUUUUGACGAGUUCAAUCAAAGCAAUACGAGUAAUGCAGCUCGAUUGCCUAUCGACAAUCGUCCGAUAUCAUCGCAUGAAAGUCUCACAAUAUACAAACUGUCCAUACAUCUCUCCGUCAUUUAUCGGUCGUCUCUUGAUUAUCAUUAUUAUUAUUAUUAUUAUUAUUGUUAUUAUCAUUGAACAUGUAUUUCCUGUGGCACAAUCGUUUCUUUCUUAAACGGGCGUGUCAUAAUAUUAUCAUGAUGCGAUCGCAUCGUUCAAAUAUCACAUUCUUUGCUUAAUCUGACAGCGAUGAUGUGACGUGACAUAUUAUGGGAUUGAUGUUGUAAACCAAUUGUAUAAAUCGCAUGCAGGCCAGCGAAAUUUAAUCGUGAUAUAUUUCAUAUUGAAACUAGAAUGUUGCGGAAGAGAUAUCCCUGAUUUUUUCGUAUGUUAAUAUCCUGUCUUGUUAGAUCUUUCGAUUGUACAAGCAUACGCCACGCGAAAAAUGUUCUACUCGUCUAAUGAAUGUUUAAUGGAUAUACAUAUACAUUUAUAUAUAUAUAUAUAUAUAUACAUUUAUAUAUAUAUAAAAAUACAUACAUACAUAUAUAUAUAUAUAUAUAUUCGGAAAAUUACAUACAUACAUAUGUAUAUAUAUGUAUAUAUAUGUGUAUAUAUAUGUGUGUGUAUAUAUAUAUAUAUGUAUGUAUGUAUGUAUGUAUGUAUGUAAUUUUCCGAAUGUUGAACGAUAUUCAGCGUUCUGUGGAGAAAAAUACGGAGCGGAUAAAAUUGGUCAGCGUUAUCCUUCUAUUUCAUUCGUCUGAACAAUUACUAUACUAGUAAACAUGGAAAGGACGUUGAAACAAAAGAAACGCGCAAUGAUCAAUGUGAAAUUGGCAGAAUAAGAGGAAGACUGGCUUAGAUACGUAGCUUUUAUUUAACGUAUAAAGCGAUUGUUACGAUUUCGCGACAUCUAUUAACUUGUGAAGCGAGUGUGUGACUGAAACGUGACAGUUCGUUGAUCGUCCUGUUAUUGGAAUUACGUUAUGCAUCUACAGAGAAAAGAGAGCAUCUUAAGACGAAUCAAGAAACGCGAUAUUAUGAUCCUCGAUGACAUGCUAAACAUUAAGCUGAAUUAUUGUAAUCCUAUCAGGGUAUUAUAUGUCAAAGAUGUGGGCGCAUUAGAACAAGAGAGACACUACGAAUUGCGGAAAUCCUCGAGGAACCGUCAGGUUCAUCAACGGAUGGCUUAAUAACACUGAACGAUUUGAAAAUACACGAAGAUGCUGCUAGUUUGAAUUACAUCAUUCCGUGCGGUUUCGAGUAUACUUAACAAUAGUUAAUCGAGCUUCUUCUGUCUAGGAUCGUAAUUCGUUUUCUUCAUUUUAUGCGUUUGCAAAAAAGAUUUAUCGAACAUUUGCUAUGCGUUUCGUUCGCGAAAGGAAUUGCAGUUUCAAGCAAAGAAAAAUUCUGUAAUAAUUUAAAGACAGAUGCUAUAUAGGAUGUCCCAGGUUUUUUCAACUUUAUGAAUUUUAUUGUCAGUUUUAUGAGUAAAAAUAAUAGUUCAUUAAUUGGUUUAAUGUUAGAUGUAAUGAUUAAAUGAGCAUGAUGAAUAAAGUCGAGGAAAACUAGUUCUUUAGCCCAAGAUCAACAAAUAUCACGUCACUAGUUCUUUACUUGUGAAGAUUGCAUUCGUAAUGUAUCCGUAAUGUAAUAAAUUUAAGUUCUCAUGUAUUUUUAUAAAAACAGGUAACAUUUUAAAAUGAAAUUAAACGAAAAAUCAAUUCAUUGUUAUAUCGUAUUUCCGUUAUAACUUUUUAAUCAAAUUAUUGUUAUUUUUACUCAUACAAUAUGCUUGAGCCAUUUGGCGGAGGAAAAUCCGGGACACUGCAUAAUUUUAGUAAUGUUAUUAUAUAUAUUUAAAAAAUGUCGAGUAUUGUUUGUAAUGUCGUAAUUGUGUAUUGAUUGCGUGUCCAUCCAAGUAUAGAGUUGUAGUUUCGUGAUCGCGAGACAUACUCUUCUGUCCUCAGUCCUCAAUAUUUCAUGACGCUCAAGCCGCAUCGUUUUCGCACGAUUUCGAAGCGAGCUGGUAAUGUCGCUUCGGUGCACGGUCCACGAGAUGAUGUGUACGUUUUAAGCUGGAUCUAGAUUUUAUACACGUAUACGCUUGCGUAAGAAGGUCCCGGGUUAUAGGGAAAAAAACGAAAACAAAGCAAACAAAAAAAAGGGGAAAGGCAGAAAAGUGCGUUGUAAACUAUAUAAAGAGGCGGGGAGGAGAAGAAAAGGGAAUAGUAAUUAUUAUAACGUACUUAACGGUUUUUGUUUCACGAUGUGUUGUAGCGUAAUAAAAACGUGCACAUACGUAUUAAUAUACAUAUAGAUAUAUUAUAUACACAGAAUUAUAUAUUAGAUAUAUCAAUAUACAUAUAUGUUAAGACUCGUAUCCAGCUGGUCUGAUCGGGUAUUACUUUAACGAUUUAAUUAAUUGCGUUAACCUGGCAGCGAUGCGAUUGCGAGUAACACAUUGAAAGAGGUGCGUGCAAUCACAUAGUUCAAUUGUAUAGCGUAUCUACUUGUCGUUUCGAUAACAGAUUCGAUGAUCUGUAGUCUAUCGGCAAUGAAAGUAAAAUGGAGUACUGGUUAAUACUUCUGUUAUUCAAUUCACAGAGAUAAUUAUAUACGUUCACAGCAUGAUCGAAAAAUUGAGAGUAAAUUACCAUCAUUUGUACAUCAAACGAUUACCAAGGAGAUUGGCGUACGAUAUCUCUUUAAGUUAACUUUAAUUUAUUGUAUGUUUCAUAAAGUAUUGAUAUACGAAAGAAUACAAGCUUAAUCAACUAUUCUACCCGUUUAUUCAUAAUGUAUCAUAUUAGUUUAACCGAGAAAUACACAACACACACGAGCACCGGCACACGCAAUUCAAUUCAGCAUCUGCAAGAGUGAUGAUGAAGCAAUUCACUGAUUUCUUAGAGUCAAUUCAACAUAUACUAUCAUUUACCGUUUGUUGUUUUGAGCUACCACUUUUUUGAAACGUCAUCAGAUACAUACAGUGGAGAACUUUGUGGUGUGCUUAUGCAUAUUCGAUUAAAUAAUAACGUUCUUUUACAGCAUCACUGCCGGAUUAAGUAGCGGUGUUACUAUCUUUUCAAUAAAUGUACCUAAUUUAACAUUAUGGGUUUGGGUACAAAAGUAUUGUCUAAACAUAUUGAUUUUUAGUUGAUCGUACAAAUUUGUUGCAAUAGUCACUUUUCGGAUAUCUUGCUCUCAGAUACUUUCUCGAUGCUCACAAUGGUACAUACAUGUCGGUAUAUAAUAUUACCGCUACUAUUGUGACCAACUGUUUACUUACCUGUUUAUUUAAUUAAAAGGCAUUUGUAUUUAGGAGCAAGAUAUAUUAAAUUACACUGUACUAUGUGUUGAUAGUAUGAUAGUAUAAUAAAAAUAAUAUAUAAUAAAUGA